UUUUAUCAGUUAAAAACCAUGACAUUUAGCGAUGAUUAAUUAAUUCUGCCAGACGAGGUUUGGGGGAACUCACUUGAGUCAUCGCAUCUAGUUUUAAGCGUUUAUAUUAUGUCGAGCGUGCCGUCGCGUUGCUUGCUAACUUGAGCAACGGCACAAAGCUAAAAUCUAUAUUUGGAUUGGUUAAAUUGCUAGUCCAACAUGAGACGAACCACUUCAACCAAACAGGACACGAUGAGGUUGGUGAUUCUGGACGAUUAUAACCUGGCCAGUGAGUGGGCAGCCAAAUAUAUUCGGAACCGAAUAAUCCAGUUUAAACCCUCCGCCAACAAUUUCUUUACCCUGGGUCUUCCUACAGGGAGCACUCCAUAUGGCUGUUACCAGAAGUUAAUUGAAUAUUACAGAUGUGGAGAGCUAUCUUUCAAAUUUGUGAAAACAUUCAACAUGGAUGAAUAUGUUGGUCUACCCCGUGCCCAUCCUGAGAGCUACCACUCCUACAUGUGGAACAACUUUUUCAAGUACAUUGACAUUGAUCCCGCCAAUGCUCAUAUCCUGGAUGGAAACGCAGAGGACUUGGAAGCAGAGUGCAAGUCCUAUGAACGAAAGAUUGCUGAGGCUGGAGGAAUCCACUUGUUUGUUGGAGGUAUUGGUCCUGAUGGCCACAUAGCAUUUAAUGAGCCAGGUUCCAGCCUUGUCUCUCGAACCAGAGUGAAGACACUGGCCAAGGACACCAUUGUGGCAAAUGCUCGGUUCUUUGGCAAUGACCUCUCCAAAGUUCCCACCAUGGCUUUGACUGUCGGAGUCGGCACUGUCAUGGAUGCCAAGGAGGUAAUGAUUGUGAUUACUGGCGCACACAAAGCCUUUGCACUGUAUAAAGCAAUAGAAGAAGGAGUGAACCACAUGUGGACAGUCUCGGCAUUUCAGCAGCAUCCGCACACCAUCUUUGUAUGUGAUGAGGAUGCCACACUGGAGCUACGAGUCAAAACAGUGAAAUACUUUAAAGGUUUGAUGCAUGUCCACAAUAAACUUGUGGAUCCUGUGCUCAGCGUUAAGGACAAGUAACACCGAAGACUACCAAAGAUGGUAGUCUCUUCAUAAAUUUAACAUUAGAAGGGAGGAAAGAACAGCAUUGUCUUAAAAAAUGGCUGUGUAUUGUCAAUGAAUGUGUGAGUGUGUUGACUGCAACUGUUGCUGCUCCUAGAAUAGUGAAAAAAAAA